AUGGCAGCCGAACACCCCCGCCAUGACGACACAGGUCCCUUUGCGAGCCUGACCCAAGAACUGGCCUACAAUGGUUCCGGUCCGCAGGAACACGAUUUCCGCAUGCAUGACACAGAUGUUGUUCUCAUGGUUGAAGGUGCCAGCCGCAACCUCCAUUUGUUGCACCUGCAAAAUGUGCGUGCGGACACGGUGUCUGGAGCCAAGGCUGCCGUCGACGACUUCCUCCGCUAUUUGGAGCCGACAGCGCAGAGCAAACGGGUAGAGAAGACGGUGUUCCGGAAUUUUAGCAAAGUGCGCCAGGAGCUUCAAAAAUAUGUCACCGCCGCCCAGGACGAAGUAAAGGAGUUACGCGACCAUUUGGAUUGGGUUGACGACACCUUCCCCAAGAGGGAGGCCCCAGAGGACCCUGGCGCAGCCCAGCUUCACUUUUCCGAAGAUAAUCCUGUCGUUGCAGCCCAUGCUGCCUGUGAAGAGUUUCUCAAGCAGCUGGAAAUGAUCAAGGACCCAGACGAGGAUAUCGACAGGGGCAGCAAGGAGAAAAGCAGCAAGCGGAGAAAGCGGAAGAGGGAGGCGCAUACGAUGGCGGAGGGCUCUGAUCAAUAUCAUCAAGAAGUGUGCACAUAUAUGGAGAAGCAGGCUGAGGGCCGCGGCCUUAUCUUCAAAUGGUAUGAUGGUUCGUAUCCACGCGAUUCGUUCCGUCGUAGUUACUCACGGAUCAGAUACGAGGUGUACUUCCGCGAGGGAGGUGAUUGGAGUACUCAUUCCGGAUCCUGUUAA